AUGCCAUCCACACCAGGACAGUUCCGUGUCGAGCCUGCUCGAGAGGAGGACAUGCCGCGAUGUAUGCAACUCAUCCUCAAUGCCUUUGGACCGUUUCCAAAUUUCGACAUUAUUGGAGGGGGGCCUGAUUCGGAGGAGACGCGGAGGCUGAACGCGGAGCGACACUUGCGCGGUUACAAGGAGCAUCUUGAGAAAUAUCCUUCUGUAUCGCCGGGCGUUAAAUGCGUGUAUACAGAUCCUGCCACCGGAGAGGACAAGAUUGUCGGGUUCGCAGAGUGGUUCGUCUGGGACCGCGAGAGGACCGAGGAGGAGUACACGGUGGAGAAUUACAUUUUGCGGAUGGAGUGGGUGGAGGAUCUGGAGAAGAGGAAGCUUGUGCUGGAUACGAUGGAGCCGGAGUUUGCGCUGAGGAGAAGGAUCAUGAAGGGGAGGCCGUUUGCGCUGCUGUGCUACAUGUGUGUUGAUCCUGAGUAUAGGAGGAGGGGGGCGGCGACGGCGUGUGUGCGGUAUGGGAUGGAGAGGUGUGAGGAGUUGGGGAUACCGGCGUAUUUGGAGGCGAGCGAGGAGGGGAUGAAGACGUAUAAGACGUUGGGGUGGGAGGUUUAUGAGGAUUAUGGGGAGAGGAUGAUGUUUCCGCCGAUGAUUUGGUGGCCGCCGAAUGUGACGAGGGAGUGA